CACGCCGGGGGCCCCGCGGGAAAGCGAAAGUGUCGGGGUGCGCGGGGGGAGGGGCGCACGGAGCCGAGGGCCAUGGACGGGCUCGGCCGCCGCCUGCGAUCCAGCCUGCGAUUCAAGCGAGGCCGUGGGGUUUCAGCCCCACCACAAGACAACACUGGGGCCACAGACAAGGAGCCAGAAAGGACUCAGGAAUACAGUUUGCCUAACCUCGCCGGAGGCCAGCACUUCUUUGAAUACCUUCUUGUGGUUUCCCUAAAAAAAAAGCCUUCUGGGACCAAUUAUGCACCCACAAUCACCUACCAGUUUCCCAAGCGGGAGAAUCUGCUUCGGGGCCAACAGGAGGAGGAGGAGCGGCUGCUCGGAGCCAUUCCCUUAUUCUGCUUCCCAGAUGGGAACGAGUGGGUACCACUCACUGAGUAUCCCAGGGAGACCUUCUCCUUCGUUCUGACCAAUGUGGACGGCAGCAGGAAGAUCGGCUACUGCAGGCGCCUGUUGCCUGCCGGCACCGGCCCUCGCCUCCCAAAGGUGUACUGUAUCAUCAGCUGCCUCGGCUGCUUCGGCUUGUUCUCCAAGAUCCUGGACGAAGUGGAGAAGAGGCAUCAGAUCUCCAUGGCCGUCAUCUACCCCUUCAUGCAGGGCCUUCGAGAAGCAGCCUUCCCUGCUCCUGGGAAGACUGUCACCCUCAAGAGCUUCAUCCCCGACUCAGGAACUGAGUUCAUCUCGCUAACAAGGCCUCUGGACUCCCACCUGGAGCAUGUGGAUUUCAGUUCUCUGGUGCGAUGUCUGUGUUUUGAGCAGAUUCUCCAGAUCUUUGCCUCUGCAGUGCUGGAGAGAAGGAUCAUCUUCCUGGCAGAUGAUCUCAGCACCUUGUCUCAGUGCAUCCAUGCUGCUGCCGCUCUGCUCUAUCCCUUCAACUGGGCACACACCUACAUCCCUGUCGUCCCUGAGAGCCUUUUGGCCACCGUCUGCUGCCCCACCCCCUUCAUGGUUGGAGUACAAAUGCGAUUUCUGCAGGAGGUCCUGGACAGCCCCAUGGAAGAGGUCCUGUUGGUGAAUCUCUGUAAUGGCACCUUCAUAAUGUCAGUUGGUGAUGAAAAAGAUAUUCUGCCCUCCAAGCUUCAGGACGACAUUUUAAACUCUCUUGGCCAGGACAUCAGUGAUUUACAGACUUCAGAACAAAUCAACGAGCAUGUUUCAGGUCCUUUUGUGCAGUUCUUUGUCAAGACAUUGGGUCAUUAUGCUUCCUAUAUCAAGCGGGAGGCAAAUGGACAAGGCCAUUUCCAGGAAAGGUCCUUCUAUAAAGCUCUGAGCCAAAAGCCCGUCAGGAGAUUUGUGAAGAAGUUUGUGAAGACACAGCUCUUCUCCCUUUUCAUUCAAGAAGCAGAGAAAAGCAAGAAUCCUCCUGCAGGGUAUUUCCAACGGAAAAUACUUGAGUAUGAGGAACAGAAGAAACAGAAGAAAUCAAAGACUGUGAAAUAAGAGUGGUGGUGAGCAGGACUGACAUGAUCAACAGGCCAGUUCUGGACUCUGGUCUGCAGGAUAGCAUCAGCCAAGCUCUCGGCCUGUACACUCCACAGGGCUCUGAGUCCUGACUCCUGGUCUUGCAUUGAGCUGGUGUCUGAGUGUGGAAUCCCUGGGAUCAGCUGUCUCAUGCCUCUGGGAGGCUUUGACCUCUUUGCUCAUGGAGCUGGGCUCCAAGCUGCCUUUCUUCAGAGAUGAUCCAGAGCCGACACAGUAGCACAGGUGGUUAGGGACUUACUUAGAAGCUGCUGCAACUGUCCUCUCCUGGGAGACACUUUUUAUAAAGUCUUCCACAGAGAUAGCAGUUGGCCCCAAGCCUCAGUCUCUCUGCAUUAAAAAUAAAAAAAAAAUAUAUAUAUAAAAAGAGGUCUGUGGGCAUGUGAGGAUAAGAAUAAAGAUCAAAAUAAAAAUUUUCCUGUGGUUAAUGUGCAUACGUUUGGUUUCCAGUUGAGGGGAGAAGCACGAAAAUUGAGGAUGAACUAGGCUAGAAGAGGAUGAUUUGGUCAUAGUGGCCCAGAAAUUUCGGCUGUGUGGUUUUGUGUGUUAGAGGGUGCAGCAGCUCCAUGUCUAACAGGAGUCAGAGAUGCUGGAGAGAGCAGGACAGCCGUGAGGACUGGACAGCAGCUCUUACUCCUAGUCGGGUAUGCAGUCUUGAGUCCUGGAAGGAGUCACUGUUGGACAGCAUGGAAUUCUUCCAGUCUAGUAAAGUGAGGUUAGGAAUUCCAGUUCGUGAAGCCAGAGGGAAACAUUGUGCCUCUUCCAUAAAUGUCAGCUCAUCAGUUGCAGUUCGGAGUCUUCUGUUGUAGAUAUUCGAAAUCCUGUUUUGUUGUCUCCAGAUCAACUCUAUAGAUGUAGGCAGAGGGAUCCCUGUAUUUCUUUUUGAAAUGAGACUCAGAAUUGUUUAAGAGUCCAGAGGAACUGAGCCAUCACCUUGUCUAGUUCUCUUCUCUACCACUACUGACUGCUGCUGCUUCACAGCUGUAAGAGAUGGGAAGUGAUUAGAGAGGAUCAAAUUUUCCAUCUUCUUUAUGUGUCUCUGAAUGUAGUCCUCAAGGCCCUUGAAUUCUCUACAAAGAACACUUGUUUUGGGAGGCUGGAAUAGGGGCAUGGGGUUGCCAAACUGAAGUGAAAGCCAAUAUACCUUGAUUUGGGGACAAAGAGAAUGGCUGCAGUUGGCAGAUUGUUACCACAUUCCACCUCUAAUGAUGCUGCUACUACUUCUAAUACACACUGUUUUAUUGUUCUGGGCCCUAUUUGGUGGUACUUCAAAAGUAUUUAGAAUAAGGACUUGAAUCCUAGGAAAUGUAAAAAAUACGAAGACUCUAUUCCAUAGCUACCAAAUCCUGCCUAGCCCUGAGGCUGGAGAAGUUUCGAGUAAAAAAAGGUGAUGAGGGUUCUCCCUUUCCUGCUACACAACCUAGCAAAGUCACUGCUAAUCCAGAUGAUACAUGGGACUGACAGAACCAGCAAAAGCACAAGCAAGCUGCCAAGUUGAGGCAUUACAGCUAUUACUUAUCCUUGAUUAUGGAAAUGGCAUAAAAGGAAAUUAGAAAGAAGAUACUCUUUACCCAAAGUUAAAAUCUUUUUUGCUGUCUUCUCUUCAAUCAAGCAACUGAAUUAUCUAUGUACCAUGGAAAGAAAUCUGAUUUGCAAUUACUGAGAAUACUUGACUCUAAUUUGUAUAAUUAGUAGCUAAAAAAGACAAAAUCAGAUUUGCAAUAAAUGCUUAGAAAGGCUUGGGAAAUUACUGAAAAUGUGUGGGAAAGGCUGAGACUCCAUUAAGAUGGAUAAUUCUCAUGAGUGACAAUUAUAACAACACAAAUCUACUUUUUUUAAAAAAAGCUGAACAGUUUAUAUAAAAUAGAAAGGUGACAAGACACAACUGCAGCUGACUGAAUCUCCUUAUUUAUUAAAGAACAGAAAUAAAUUUCGCUUAAAUUAAAAAAAAAUGACAUUAUAACUUAGUUUAUCUUUCCAAUGAAUAAAACAGAAAAAAAGCUGG